AUGUCGGUAUACCAACAGUUCAUCGAGGACAAAGUCAAGCAGGGCGUCGCCCCAGGCUUCGUCGGCACCGUCUUUGACCGAAAUGGGGUAGUCUGGUCCGGUGCUGCGGGCCACCACACAGUGCCGGGGAGCGAGGCAGCGCCCGAGGGAAAGAAGAUGAGCACCGAGACGGUGCACUGGAUGGCCUCUGCCUCCAAGAUCUCCAUCUCGAUCAUCGUCUUGGCUCUGCUCGACAAGGGCCUGGUGUCUGGCUGGUCGCUCGACGAUCUCGACAACCACGAGAAGCUGAUCAAGGUCCUGCCCGAAUUCAAGGUGGGAAGCGGAAGUCUGGUCAGCAAGAUCAUCGAGGGAUACGGACCGGUGGGCGCCGACGGCAAGCGCGAGAUGAAGCUGCGCGACGCAAAGAGUGAGGUCACGCUCCGACAUCUCCUCACCCACAGUGCCGGCAUGGCCUACUACACUUGGGGGGCGUUUAUGCUGAUCGUCUUCGCUCCUUGCAUGACGACUAAGUGGAACCACCCGCACAUGGUCGAGUACUAUCAGCCCUCGGAAGGCGAAGCACAUGGCAUCCUCGCCUUUGUGUCCGGCCGCAUCGCAGACUUUGAAGUGCCGAGGGUGCGCGAGGCGGGUGAAGAGCACUGCUACCAGCCAGUCACCGACUGGCUUGGUCAGUUCGCGACGCGAGCAUCGGGCAAGAACCUGCCCACGCUCUUCCGUGAGCUCAUCCUCACGCCAUUGGGCCUCACCGAGAGUGAAAUGGCCAUCCAGAACAGCAAGAUCAUCAAAGCUGGCAAGGACAUUUCUGGUUUCCACGUCAGGGGGCCAGGUGGCGACCAGGGACCAGACUUCAUCAACAUCCCCUUGCCUGUCUACCAGUGCGCCACCGACGAUCCCCCCGAGGGUCAGGCUCACUUUGCCAGUGCGGCCAUCUACACCACCGUCCCCACCUAUUCGAAUUUCCUCCGUGCCUGUCUCAACCACGACAGCAAAUUGCUUAGUGAAAAGGCGUGGAAGCUCGGCGAGGAAGACCCGUGGAACGGAAAGGUCGCGAUGCCGUACCCCUACUACAAGACGGGCCGUCCCGACUUGACUUACGACAUCGAUGAGUUUGCGCCUUCGACGGCGACGGGCAAAGGAUACUGUGUCAGCCUCUUGCAGCAGAACCUCGCUACGGCGCCCACAAAGUCGGGAAGACCCGCUGGCUCGUACGCUUGGGCGGGACUUGGCAACAGCUACUACUUUGUUGACCCUAUCACGGGAAUCGGCUCACUCAUCUCGACACAAGUCCUGCCAUUUGCCGACCCCAAGCUGAUGCAGCUCAAGGACGAGUGGGAGCAGCUCGUCUACCAGCAGCAGGCCAAGAAGUAA